UUACACUGCGAUCAAGAUGUCAACACACAAGAAGAAGACCAGGAAGCUUCGUGGUCAUGUGAGUCAUGGACAUGGUCGCAUAGGUAAACACAGGAAACAUCCUGGAGGUCGCGGUAAUGCUGGUGGGUUGCACCACCACCGUAUCAACUUUGAUAAAUACCAUCCUGGUUACUUCGGUAAACUUGGUAUGCGAAAUUAUCACUUAAGGAGAAAUACAAAAUGGUGUCCCACUUUAAACUUGGACAAACUAUGGACAUUAGUUUCUGAACAGACCAGGCUAAAAUAUAAAGACUCAACAGGGAAAGUACCAAUAAUUGAUCUCGUAAAAGCGGGAUACUACAAGCUCCUAGGAAAAGGCCACCUUCCUAAACAACCAGUUAUCGUUAAAGCUAAAUUUUUCAGCAAAUCAGCAGAAGACAAAAUUAAGGCUGUUGGAGGUGUUUGCGUCCUUAGUGCUUAAGCAUGAAGGAACGACUAUUUUUACGAAUAAACUUGCUGUACAUUCUACUAAGUUUAUAUUAAUAAAAAUGAAAAAAAAAAAACGAAAAACCGAAUUUCUC